GGCAACGUACGAGAACGUCCAUUCUGUACUGAUGAUCACUUGCUUGAAGACAAUUUAUGUCUUUUCCUGGAGCCCGUCAUAGAACGAAUCGUCGCAAAGGUAGACACAAACAAACCCCAACACGAGAGCCCAGAGUCAUCGCUAGUACUUUUCAAGCACAAUCCACUUUCCUGUAAAAAUUGCAUUCAGACAGGAUCUUCACCAUGUCUGAAGCGUCAUCGAACGGGACAACAAACGGGAAAUCCAAUAGCUACAGCGACUUGGCCUCCUCUUCUAAGAACGUAGUCGUUAGGACGACUGAGAACUGGUUGGAAUUGUUCCUGACUACCCCAGAGAAGUAUCGAUUUGGUCAAUGGAAGGAAAAAAUUGCUGAUAAAAGCCUGAGCGGUAGAAUCUUGAGGCCCCUGUGGGAUUUUUUGUCCAGAAAAAUCCCAAACACCGUCGCGCCCAAUGUCUUGUGCCUGGCCGGUCUGGGCCUGCUGGGACAAGCUUGGUACGUGAUUUAUCAUUAUGGAGGUGCUCCCACCGGACCAGGAUAUCCUUUCUUUGCCGCAAUGGUGAUUACAGUAUUUUUUGCCGUCAAUUCGAUGGUAUUGGUCCACGCUGAUAGAAUUCGGCAAAGAACACCGUUGGGAGAUUUCUUCAAAUACGCAACCGAUUCGGCCGCUACUGUCUUUUUGUGUGUAUUGACGAUCUACUGUCUCCUAGGUGGGAGAAUAAAGGAUGACGAAAAAGGAAACUCUGUAGACACAAUGUUGGAAAUCCAAUGGUACGCUGUACAAACCACGCAGCUCGUGCUGUUCGUCAAACACUUGUCGGCGUUUGAUAGACAGGCCGGUUUGAGAUAUAGGUUUUUCAGUGGACCAGGCGAGGUCAUUUUUACAGCGGUAUCUCUCCUUUUCUUUAGGGCUACCAUAGGAUUCGAUUGGUUGUGGGAAUAUACUCGAUUGGCCUUCGAAAGCUCCUUGUUGAAAGUUGAAAACCACAUUGGUGAAUACGUUGGUGUCGAUGAUAUUACCAAGACAUACAACAGCAUAACACCCUUCCUCCUGGUAAAGUAUGCGUACUAUUCUAUGUAUUUAUUGGCAGUGACCCGAACUUUGCUGCUAAAAGAUCCACACGGAUGGAGUCGAUUUGGUUUAUCUGCAUCUUUAUUAAUGCGAUUGAUUCCGGCUCUCCUCUACUUUCACUCUGAUGACGUCAUCCGUGUUGGCGGUGAUAUUGGUGGACUUGACACCGAAUCAUUAGGAGGAGAUGUCCCCGUCGUGGGAAUGGCUGAUGUGAUUUGUGACGGCUUAUUCAUGGCCGUUCUCACGAGUGAUCUAACGCUGGCCAAAAUGGGAGGGCGAGAGAUUCAUCCGUGGGUCGUUCUCAUGUCCUUGGCCGCCGUUUUUUCGCAUUCGACAAUUUUGGCGCUGGUCGUUACCUAUUACGUUGCUGUUUUUGCGGAUUUAUGUGCCUACCUGAAUCUCCCUUUGCUGACGACCUGCCGGAAUGUGUACUGUGACGGAAUCUACGAUUUAUGUCACGUUGGCCACAAAAUGUUGUUUCAGAAUGCGUUGACCUAUGGAAACAGAUUAUACGUGGGAGUCGUAGGCGAUAAAGAUGCAAACGCAUAUAAGCGUCCCCCAAUUAUGUCGUCUGCGGAACGAUGUGCGGAAGUUGAAGCCUGCAAGGCCGUGACAAAAGUCAUUCCGGACGCUCCAUGUUGGGGACUGACGAAGGAAUUCUUGGAUUUGCACCAAAUCCAUGUUGUGGCUUAUGGACAAGAAUACCUAGAGAGAUUUCCGGAUCCAAAAGACGAUCCGUACUAUAGAGUCCCUCGAGAAAUGGGGAUAGCACGCCCAUUACCCCGAACUCAAGGAUUAUCAACUAGUGAUUUGAUUCGAAGGAUCCAGAACGCGCGACCGGCCGACGAGAAGAAUUCACCUACCUGAUUCACAAAUCAUGUUACGCUGAAAGAUCCAUUCUUUCGGAAAGAUGAAGAAAUGCACGUCAGGCGAUGGCUUAGAGAAAUUCAUCUGAACUGACAGAGUUGUCCGGAUUAUGCACUUGAAACGCCGCUUGCGCUAGGAAGGUAUCGGUUGGGAUGGGUUUUCAUUUGGCUGGAUCAGCGUAGAGCAUCAUUCAUACUCCAUCCAAUCUUUCAGUCGAAGAAAUGAAUUAUUGAGUAAUUCUUUCGCGUAAUGCGGACUGAACAUGUAGAUUCCACAAAUAGUGAUUUUUUUCUCUGGGACGUUGAUAAUAUGCAUGUAAAUAAAGUAAAUACAUUUUU